AUGGCAACAGUUGUUUCCCAAGUAGCCGUGAAUCAGGAAAAGCCUGUUGAUAGAGAGAAGACUUGCCCUCUACUUCUGCGUGUUUUCUGUGCUAAUGGUAGACAUAACCCCAUUUCGGACUACAUGAGAGGUGGUGUGCCAGCGAACGAGUUGCAGAUGUACACCUGGAUGGAUUGCACUCUUCGAGAGUUGACGUCACUUAUCAAGGAGGUCAACCCGGAUGCUCGUCGUAGGGGAACCACGUUUGAUUUUUCAAUAGUAGCACCUGAUCGAAUGAACAACCGUUAUACAAUCCGUGAUAUUGGGAACACCAUGAACGGCCAGAGAGGAGUUGACGAUGGGAAAUCAUUGGCAAUGUGCAAAUUUGAAAUUGGCGACUUUAUCGAUGUUGCUAUCACAAUGCCAGGAGUUGGGCCAGCAUCAGUGAGGAGGUAUGGGUCGUACGGUGGAGGCAUGAGACGCAACGGUGAUGACUUCGAUCGUGAGAGGAGAAGAUUCAGCCCUGUGCGAGACAGGUACUAA